UAUAAGGCCAUAUCACUCCAUUCUCCAUUUUCACCAAUUACUUCAAUCAAGAAUCAUCAUACAUAUAUAUAUACACAUAUAUAUAUCUAUAUAUUUCCCUCGAAGCUGCGUUAAUAUUUAUUUAUUCGAUAGUAAUUAUAAAAAAAAAUCAUGAGCAGGGUGGAAGGAGGAGAUUGGAUGUGCAAUGCAUGCCAGCACAUCAACUUCAAGAAACGGGAUUCUUGCCAGCGGUGCAGCUGCCCUAAGUUCGCUACUGCAGCUCAAAUAUCGUCGUAUUCGAUACAAUUAAAGAGUAGCAAUAAUAUUACCGAUCAAAUGAUGGCCGGAGAUUGGUACUGUGGGUCGACGAAUUGCGGGACCCACAAUUAUGCGAGCAGAGGUGCGUGCUAUCGGUGUGGUGCUUUAAAGGACUAUUGCGGUUAUGGGGCUGGAGUUAUUGCGUCGGCCGGUUACGCGUACGAUGUAAUUCCUGGUUGGAAAACCGGUGACUGGAUUUGCUCAAGAUUAGGAUGUGGCUUGCACAAUUAUGCAAGCAGGGUUGAAUGCUACAAAUGCAGGAUGCCUAGAGAUUGUGGAGGACAAAUGUGAGCAAAAUUGGAAUGAAGAGAGCAACUUUUUAAUUUUUGACAAGUUUAAUUAUUGUACUUUGUUGUAAUCUCCUAAAUUUAUCGCAAUGGGAAAACAAAUUUACCGUUA